AUGGUGACCCAUUGGUCAUCAUACGCCUUAUUGCGAAACCUUAAAUUUUUAGAUGAACCCUCAUAUCGUUUAAAUAGAGAUGAUAGUUUGCAAUUAAUAAGAAAAGAUAUUCAAAAACACAUUAAAACAGCAUAUGAGAGAAAUCAACAUUAUUAUAACAUACGAACUCGACCCCAAAGGUUUACGGUAGGCCAAGAAGUUUUACGUCGUAAUUUUGUCCAAAGCAAUGCUGCGGAUCGGUUCAAUGCCAAAUUUGCUCCUUUAUUCGUAAAAGCUAAGGUAAAGGCUAAGCUGGGAAAUCAUUACUACCAACUCGAAGAUCUACAGGGUAAACAAAUCGGCACAUUUCAUGCUAAAGAUAUUCGGAUAUAA